AUGCAUUUUCUCAAAUUAAACCCCACUAUUGUGUACUCUAUGAGUAAUUUGUCCAGAUCCUUUCUUUCUCUGGUCUCUACUGUUGUUUCUUCCCCAACUCAAGCCUCGGCCGAUUCCAUCAUUGAUUACCUCAACACCAACGUCAAACUCUCCAAAGCUCAAUCCGUCUACAUAUCGAAACGACUUUCUCAGGCUAGGCCCCCUCAGAAUUCAUGGACUGUGCUUAAUUAUUUUAAACAGAUUGGACUUUCUGAAUCGCAGAUUCUAUCUAUGAUUGGGGUUCAACCCCAGAUUUUGUUUUCAGGUGUCGGUAAAACUCUGAAGCCGAAAAUUGAGUACCUUCAGUUUCUAGGGUUUCGGGGUUCUGAGUUGGGUGAGCUUCUCUCCAAGAAUCCAUAUCUUUUGAUGUGCAGUUUGAAUAAAACGUUGGUGCCUUCUGUAGAGGCUAUUAGGAAAAUUGUUAAUGAAGAGGAAGAUUUGAUGAAGUUGCUACGCAGAGAUGGGAAUUGGAUAAUCCAAGACCACCGAAAGAUUUUGCGCAAUGCUGCUUUCUUCCAGAGUUGUGGGAUCGUUGGGUCUCAGCUUUCAUAUUUAUGCAUGCAACAAGCUCGCCUUUUUGUCAUGCGAGAGUCCGUGCUUCGAAACUAUGUUUCACGGGCUGUAAACAUGGGUUUCUGCAUAAACUCAAGAAUGUUGGUACAUGCGGUCAUGGUAAUUAGUAGCUUAAGCUUUGAUACGUUUAACAGGAAGUUGGAGUCAAUUCAGAGUUGUGGGUUUUCUAAACAAGAGACCGUGCAAAUGUUUAGAAGAGCUCCCACUUUGCUUCAGCGAUCUGAGAAGAAUCUAAAAGUUAAAAUUCAAGUGUGCUUGGAUAAAAUUAUGCUUCCUAAGUCAGUGCUUGUUAAGAACCCUGUGAUUUUGACGUUAAGCAUGGAGAAACGGGUGAUUCCUCGAUGGAGGGUUUUGCAACUCCUAAUCUCAGAAGAGUUACUUAAGAAGAAUCCAAGUUUUCCUCAAGUGCUACUAUUGCCGGAGGGGAAAUUCUUGCAGAAGUAUAUUUUCGAGUUUAGAGAUAAUGAAGAGGCUUUAUUGGCGGCUUACAAGAGUUAG